AUGGCAGAUGCAGCGCCCUUGCCCGAGGAGCUGGAGGACGGGGAGGAGCUCAACGCAACGGAGGUUUACUCUGAUUACGAGUGCACGUCCUUGAAGCAACAUGCUUCGCUGCUGGUCAAGCACCCUGGGCAUGUCUCAGAACCUGCGAGUCUUGCGCUCGUGCGCCUGCCUCCUCCUCAGUUCCCCUUGUUCGACUCGGUGCCGAUCGAAGUCUUCGCGGAGGGAAAACUUUCGGAUCUUCAGACCGAGGGCGUUCUGUAUGCAUGCCAGAGGCAUCAGAUGAUACUUCCCAACGGCUGCCGUGCUGGUUUCUUCCUGGGGGAUGGGGCAGGUGUGGGGAAGGGGCGACAGAUCUCUGGAAUCAUUUUCGACUCCCUGGCAAGAGGACGGCGGAAGCAUGUGUGGCUGUCCACGUCGAGCGAUCUGAAGCUCGAUGCUGAACGAGACAUGAACGCUCUUGGAUGCUUCGUGAAGGUGAUCGAUGGUUGCCAGCAGCUGGACGACAACACGAAGGCCCUUGGGCUCAGCAGCGACUUCAAAGAGGGAGUGCUCUUCUCGACCUACAGCACUCUCAUCGGGGGAGCCAAGCCCGGUAGGCCCUCCCGGCUGGAGCAGAUAGUGAAAUGGUGCGGGGGGGAAACCUUCGACGGCGUCCUUGUGUUCGACGAGUGCCACAGAGCGAAGAACUUUUUCAUUGGCGAGAACUCUGAUGCAUCAACAAAGACUUCCAAGUGCGUCAUUGAGAUACAGAAGAGGCUGCCGCUAGCUAGGGUCGUCUACUCCAGCGCUACUGGGGUUACUGAACUCGGAAACCUCGCGUAUUGUGAGAGACUUGGUCUUUGGGGUGAAGCAUGCACUUUCGCCAACUUCGAGCAAUUCCUAUCGACAGUUUCAAGAAGAGGAGUUUUCUUCCUUGAGAUGCUGGCAAUGGAACUGAAGAGGAUCGGGGCAUACGUCAGCAGGGGGCUUUCAUUCCAGAAUUCAGAGUUCCACACCGUCGAACUGAAAUUGAGCGAUCAACAAAGGCAUGUCUAUGAUGAAGCUGCAUCUCUAUGGUUGGAUGUGAGAAUAGCGUUACAAGAGGCUAUUCAGAAGACGAAUGCUCCUGGGAGAAUUUUGUCAAACUACUGGUCAGCGCAUCAAAGAUUUUUUCGACAGCUGAUCCUUGCUAUGAAAGUUGAUUACAUUGCUGCAGAAGCCAAGAAGGCAGUUGAAGAAGGGCAUGCGGUUGUCAUCGGUUUGCAGCAGACUGGAGAGGCGGCUCUGUCUAGGAAAAUUUCGCAGAAGAAGAGUGUACAUCACUUCAACAGCCUCUACUCUAGCGUUCGAGACACCCUGAUAUCAUUCUUAGAGACUCACUUCCCCGUCAUUGUGCAUGAUGCUUCAACAGACGCCCUGAAUGAUUCUAAGCAGCUUGAUACCAGCGUUGUUGACAUCACAGAUGAAAUUUACAUGAACAACGUGGAGGUGUCAAAGAACAAACAGUCAGCUGGACAAACUGUGGAAUCAUGUCUCAAGAAUAGAGAUGACCUGAUUCGAAGAACAGAAGAAUGCGAACUUCCAAGUUCUGCUCUCGACUUGUUGAUUGAUCAGCUGGGUGGGCCGGACCGUGUUGCAGAAAUGACGGGAAGGACAUGGAGGAUUGUCAGGGAGAAAGGAAACACUUUCCGUGUGGAGCAGCGAGGUAAAGGGGAAGCGGAAAUUGAGACUAUCAACGUGAAAGAAUGCCAGAAGUUUCAAGCAGGGAAGAAGUUGAUAGGAAUCAUCUCUGACGCUGCGUCAGUGGGAAUAAGUUUACAUGCCCUCAAGGAUGGGGGCAACCAGAGGAGGAGAGUACAUUUCACGCUAGAGUUGCCAUGGAGCGCCGACAAGGCUGUCCAACAACUCGGCCGAUCCCAUCGAAGCAAUCAAGUGAGUGCUCCGAUAUACAGACUGGUCGUGACAGACAUUGGUGGAGAAAGGAGAUUCGCAUCGGCGGUGGCGAGGCGUUUGGAGAGUUUGGGGGCACUGACGAGGGGAGAUCGUCGAGCAGCCGUCGGGCAAGAUCUGCAGGAAUUCAAUUUGCAAACGGUUUAUGGGAAUUCCAGCUUGAAAAAACUGAUGGAAUCAAUUCAAAAUUCUACACUGUUGGUCCAAAAUGUCAAUGUGCGUGAUCUCUUCGAGAUCACAGGAGACACAAGUGAAGAAGACCUCCUUGAAAACUUCAGGCUCGGCUUUGAGUAUCUCGCAAUGAGUGGAGCUCGUUCAGCGUCUGAACAAGGAAAUGUGAAGAAAUUCUUGGGAAGGUUGCUGGCUGCUCCAGUUACAAUACAGAAUUGCCUCUUUCAGUACUUCUUUUGUCUGCUUCAACACGAGAUAUGCAUGGCAAAGCGAGAGGGCCGCUACAGUGAUGCAAUCUCAGAUCUUUUCCACGAAGACAGUGUCCAAAUUGAUGUUUUGUCUUCUGAGGAAGUUUAUUCAGACCCAACGACCUCUGCGAAAACUUCUGUUCAUAACCUAAGAAUUGACAGAGGCAUGAGCUGGGAUUCUGCCAUCAAGAAGCUAAGAAUGGAAAGCAAGGGGAGCAAGAAUGAUGGAUUCUAUGAAACUCGGCACAAAAUUCCUGGGAGAAACGUGUAUGGCAUCAUCCUUGCUAUUUGCAAAGAUGAUGCUUCUUUCAUUAUAUCACGACCCAACACUGGGCUCAGCAAGCAAGAGAUCAGCCUGAGUGAGCUGCAUGAGAAGUACGUACAGCAGGAUUCGAGCGAAGCAGAGAGGUCAUGGAAAACACUCUUUGUCCAAAGCGAGUCAUGGGACGGCAACGGUUCGCGAAUCCUCAACUUCAAUCUUGUGAGCGGAACAUUGAUUUCCAUCUGGAAUGAGAUACAAGAGGUUGUCACACGACACUCUCGAAGCUCUGACAGCAAGCUCUCUGUACGUGAUGCUCGUAUGAAGGUCGUCAGGAUUGCUAUCGAUGGCCGACAUCUGGUUGGCCUCCGCCUCCCAUGCUCUGUUGUGGCUGACAUCAAAGAGGCUCUGAGGAGCAGAAUGCUCUUGCGCUCAGGACAGGCUGUGAAAAUUCUUCCACCGGAUCUUGGUGCGCAAGGGAUCUUGGCUCUAAAGCUUCAACCCAACACCAAUUUCCUCCUCCCGAUCUUGGUAGGAGAUUCCCAUAUAAGAGCGCCUGUCAGGUACGACACCACCAGCGGCUCUAUCAAGACGAUGGUGCCAAUACCUGAUGGCAAACAAAUCGAAGUCUCUCUCUCGAUCGCCCAGUGCACCUCAAGGAUCCCGGUGGUUGUCCCAUACUGCUCCGAUGACUCCAAGUCCAACUUCGAGACGAGAGUGCAAGUGGAAGAGGUCUGCCCAGUGAUGGUUUCGGAACGAGAUCGAGCCACCCGAAAGCCUGCGAGCAUCGCAAGUUUCUUCAAGAAGAGCGAUCACAGCGUCAAGAAAGGCCGAGAGGAGGAGAAGUCAAGGCUAUCAGGGACAACCUCUGCUUGCUCUGAGAAGGCGGGUGAAGCAGAGCGGCCGGUUGCUAAUGAAACAACAAAGGCGAAGAGAGGGAUUCAGAAUUACUUUCAGAGGAACAAUAUGACACCGAAGAAGCCUCGCAUGAUCACGAGCGAUCCGGAAGACUUGAAGUCUGAGGUUGAAGUUGACAACUGUAGUGCAGGGCUACAGCCAACUGCGAUCAACAAACAUGUGGACGAUGUAGUGGACCUGACUCUGAGCGACAGAGAGUAA